UAUAAGAAGACACAAGCGAAGGAAGCGAAAACAAGAAGAAGCGAAAGAAAGAAAGAAAGCGCUUUCAGUGACUGAGAGAGUGAUAAAACGCUAUUCCAACAUGCCGAUCAGAAAUAUUGCCAUCGGAAAUCCACAAGAGGCAACUCACCCAGACACCUUGAAAGCUGGUCUCGCUGAGUUUAUCUCAACCUUCAUCUUCGUCUUCGCCGGCUCCGGUUCAAGCAUCGCUUACAACAAGCUAACCAACGACGGUGCUGCUACUCCCUCCGGCCUCAUCUCCGCCGCUAUCGCUCAUGCGUUUGCUCUCUUUGUUGCUGUUUCCGUAGGUGCCAAUAUCUCCGGUGGUCAUGUUAACCCCGCCGUCACUUUCGGUGCCUUCGUUGGUGGUAACAUCACCCUCCUCCGUGGUAUCGUUUACAUUAUCGCUCAACUCCUCGGAUCCAUCGUCGCUUCCUUGCUCCUCGUCUUCGCUACUGGUUUGUCUGUUCCAGCAUUCUCACUUUCAGCUGGAGUUGGAGUGGGUCCCGCUUUGGUGUUGGAGAUCGUGUUGACCUUCGGUUUGGUGUACACCGUGUAUGCUACUGCCGUUGACCCAAAGAAGGGUAAUAUUGGAAUUAUUGCACCAAUUGCAAUUGGUUUCAUUGUUGGUGCUAACAUUUUGGUUGGAGGAGCCUUCACCGGAGCAUCCAUGAACCCAGCCGUGUCAUUCGGCCCAGCUGUUGUAAGCUGGAGCUGGUCCAACCACUGGAUCUACUGGGCUGGGCCACUUAUCGGUGGUGGGCUUGCUGGGCUUAUCUACGAGGUCGUCUUCAUUAGCCACACCCACGAGCAACUCCCUACCACUGACUACUAGAUGGGAAAUGAAAUUGUGUAUUUUAUUGAAUUUCUCUGAUUUCUUCUUUUGUGCAUGUUUUUUCUUUCCUUGUGUACUUCUUUUUCUUCCACUCAUUGAGGGUUGUUUCUUCUUUUGUGCUGAAAUGGUGCCCGUUGAUCUUUGGUUGUACGGUUGAUGAUCGUUAAAUUAUUAUCCUUUGGUUAAAUUAUUUUGUACAUGCAUUGUCUAUGUGGUUCGGUUCUAUGUCAGCGGGUCCACCAAUGAAUGAAUGUUAUUAUUUUGGGUCUGGUUGGUUGUAUCA